GCGGGGUAAGGGGGCGCGGGGGGGAGGGGCGGCCUCGGGCCCCGCCGGAAUCUCGAGGGGUCCUCCUGGAUCCUUCCUGGUCCCUAACGUCUCUACUGCCCGCGGUGUGUCCUGCAGCGGCCACCAGGCCUGAUGAGGCGGCGGGACUAGGCCGCGUUGCAGCCUCGCGCGUGAGCGGCCCCGCGGGCUUCCGGAACGCGGCGGGACCGUGUCCCGGCUGUCCAGGGGGCUCUGCCGGGCUCGAGCUCCGUGGGGCGGAACGCGCGGAAUAAAUCGCUCCCCUCGAAUCCCGGCUCUCGGUGCUCGCCGUCCCUCCCGUGCGCGGUGCCGUCCGGGCGAGCCCCUCGUCACUCCUUCGGCCCUCAGGGGGACGGAGUGUGACCCGGGUGUGAGUGGCACCCGCCCUGCGCGGUCCCCGGGGUCUCCCUUGGGGCUGCAGCUGAAGGUGACGGCUGUUCCCGCAGCCCUUCUCUCCGAGCCGCCCCCCUUGUGCCGACCGGGACCCCACGAGUGCCGGGGCUGCCUCUCCCAGGCGCCGGGAGAAAGAGCUGCCCCACGGGGUUCGCCUUCCCGUCCCAGGUUCCGGCGCUGAGAAGGAAUCUCAUGAGCGCUCUCAAAGCCAGGCGGUGUCUGAGAAAGCCCGAAACUCGGCCAGUCCCCGCUGCGAGCGCCUUGGGCGGGGCUGCUGCGGGAAACGAAACCGAAAUGGGCCUCACAGCCAUCUUCGGCGGUUGCCCGGCGCCGCCUCCCCUCGUCGGCACACCUGCGGGUGGGGGUUUCUUUUUUUUUCCCUCUUUAUUUUCUCAUAAAAUAAUUUGGCGUGCGGAUGAGACUGAGGUAAGAGAGUUUUUUUCCAAACCCCUCUUCCUGCCCUUCACUCGGAGAGCACUUGUAAAACGAGGUCACUGAGCAGGGGCUCCCCCCGAGUUGGGGAGGAAGGAACCCGGCUCCCCGUGUUUAUUGGAAAAUAAGUCCCAUGGUGGCAGCCGAGUGAGGCGGUUUAGUGAAAGGGAAAUUUGAAUUGGCCUCGGGGUAUGUUUGGUGAAGACGGGGAGCUUUAUAAAGAUGGGACUGGCACAGGAAGAACUGUCUUUGUGACGAUGGGUCAUGAGGGAGCAGGCAGGUCAUGAGGGAGCAGGCAGGAUGGGCCCUGUCUCGUGCUCCAUGUCUUUAUCCUCUCAGUUUCACAGCCAGCUGUUGUCAAAGAAUUGGAAUAUAUGCUGUGCUGGGUUCCUUAUUUUUAAAAAGCAUAUUGAAAGUUUAGUCUAAUGUCCUGCACCCUGGGGGAGCGGCACAGCUGUGUGCGAUAGGAGUGGAACUUGGGUUGCAGUCCAAAAAAACUGUUGCCAGCUGCACACCUGUCCCAAUUUCUGUACAUGUUAUCUGCGUGUGUAGUGUGAUGCUUUACCUCCGCAGGUCACCUAGUGCCCAAGGAGAAAAAGACACUUGGGGUUUCAGACUCCUUUGGCCAGGAGUCUGAAAAUUAUUGUUAGCCUGUUGCAGCUCUGCUGUCUGACCACGUGAGCUGCUCCAGUUCACCUCCUCGUGCUUCUGUCUGUUUCUCAGGUUGCAAAGCACGUGUGAGAUUCUACUCUCCCUCAGGGCAGAGAGGGAGUGGAGCUCACUGUGUUUGGGAAGCGCAUCUUGAACAUCACGUGCUGGAAUCUCGUCCAACAGAAGCAGAGGGUCACUCUUGGCAAAGUUGCUUCUCAUGGUUGACUUCACCUGCUGGUGCUAUGCUGGGCAGACAGAGUUUGCUGUUUAUGUUUGCAGGAAUAAUUUAAGACUCCUAGAAAAGUAGAAAACAGGCUUGUAAGGAGAAGAUGCUUGAAAUGCCUCAGUGUCAGGGAAGCUGUUUAAACUGCGUUUUUGGAAUCCUGUAGUUGUGUAACUAUCACCAAAUGUGAUGAAGGAAACUUAUCCAGCACCGAUUUGAUGUGAUUAAGUGACACUUCUUUAUUACAGCGCUGGGAACACGGGGGAAUCAGCUCCUCCUAAACGUGUUCUCCCAACAACAAAAUUUGUACAGUUUAUAUACUUUAUAGUUACAUAAGUUUCUAUUCUUCUAUUUCUUUUUAUACUUGUCAUGCCUAACUAAGUUCUGUUCUUCUAUUUAGUUAUAUAGUAGUUAUGGUCCAGCUGCUCCACUCUUAAAUCUAAUGAAAUGAUGACGAAAUGAAUGAAAAUCUUUGAAAUGAUUGGUUCUUUCAGGUAUAUAGCGUUAUUCUACAACAAUCGUUGGUCUAUGCUAUUUAGCUAUACUAGCUGGGAUAGGCAGUGUCCAGACCAAGACAGGGAGAGUGUAGGGGACUUCAAAGCCACUUUGUAUGGUCCAGUGAGAUUCCUGUGGUUCCAUUCUUUCAAACACAACACCCCUAACAAUUCUGGUGCACUGUGCUUCUCUACCUUUAAUCACAAAUACUUCUUUUAUGUUAUCAAAUCUUGAUUAUUUUGUCAAACUGUUUGCAACACAACUGCAUCCUGAGUUGCUGCAUUUUAUCUCCUCAGGGCAGGCAGCUCCACUCCUGGCGUGCCAGCAGCCCGGGUCCCCCGCGUGUCCCAGCGGAGCGCUAUGAUCAGAGGUGCUGGGCGAGGCAGAGUUCCUGACGGAGCAGGACACUGCGGUCUGCCCGCUGCAGGGGCAGGGACCACACGAGGAGGCUGUGGCACCGGCUCCUGCAGGGACACAUCGGCCUGGCCGCGGCAGGGCAGGGGGCUGGAGGUUCUCUAGUCAGCGGCAAUACCGUGGGAAUUCACCACGGUUUUGCCCUCCACGGCACUGUCAUCAGGAGAACCCAGGGAGAGACUCUGACACUAUCAGGCUGAAUUUCCAGAGACUGUCUCUUGCCAGGCAAGACUGCGAACAAGAAAUUCUGACUAUUUUCAGGCAGCUCGGGGAGGGAAGGACUUGCACAGUUCAUGAUCUCACACACAAACUUAAAACUCAAAAGAAAGAGGUCAACCGCAUUUUGUAUAAGCUCCUCAGAGAAGGCAAGUUGCACAAGGGGGGAGAGACGCCACCGCUGUGGAGGAUUGCCAGCCCCAGCUCAGGGAGAGAAAGAAACCCUGCUGACCACAGUGCUGGCUGCACAGAUCCAGCUUGUGAAAGCAGAGGAGGAGAGAGGAGCACACUUGGCUCAGGAGACACAGAGAUGGCUGAGACGAAGGAGAAAAUCUGCAACUACUUGUUCAGCGUGCCAGAAACAACGGCACUCAACCUUGCCAAAAACAUUGGGUUUUCGAGGGCCAAGGACGUUAAUGCAUUUCUCAGUGCUCUGGAAAAGCUGGGAGAUGUCCACAAGCAGAACACAACCCCCCCACGGUGGUCCCUGACAGACAGGAAACGUGAGAGGAUGCAGAUGAGGCUGAAGGCCAGCACAUUAAUACAGAAGGUGAAUCCCACACCUCCUGAGUCGGGUCCUCCCCCUUCCUCUGUCCCUGUGUGUCCCCAGGAGGUGACAGCAGCUUUGCCAGCAGCGAUGGCAUCAAAAGCAGAAAGUGUAGAAAAUGGACAACAGCCUUUGGGGCAGCCUGGUCAGGGCAAUGGCAGUGACACGAGAGCGGACACGGCUGAGGACACCAAGCCUGAGUUCUCCAGUUUGAGUAAUUAUGAUAACUCGGAAAACGGCAAGUGGACCACGGAUGAUAUCCCAGAUAAUCUGAACACUAUCAACAAGCAGCCUGACAAGUCAAAAUGCGUCAUGAAUUCUCAGUCUUCCCCCAGUUAUGCUGCCCAGUUUGAAGCCGCUUUGCCAUGUACGCCCGUAGAGAAAUUGAUGGCUUGUCAGGAGAAGAACCCAGUGAGUGGCCUUACUGAAUAUUCCCAGUACACGUACCAGCACUGUGAGUUCAUCAUGCUGGAGCAGAGUGGACCCUCUCAUGAGCCACGGUUUAAGUUCCAGGCAGUGAUCAAUGGGCGCCAAUUCCCACCAGCAGAAGCAGGGAGCAAAAAACUGGCUAAACAGGAGGCAGCAGCCAAUGCCAUGAAGGUCCUGAUGAGUGAAGCGGAGAAUGGAAGGCCCAGUGGGAUUAAAUGUGAGGAGCCGCUUCCCUCCGACAGCUCAGAACUGGAGUUGCCAGAGCCAGAGCUGUCAUCUGCAGCAGCUCCCCUCAGCCUGCUUCCUGGGAAGCACCCUAUCAGCAUAUUGAUGGAGUAUGGACAAAAGUCAGGGAACGUAAUUGAGUUCCAGCUGCUGUCUCAGGAAGGCCCACCUCAUGAUCCUAGGUUCAGCUACUGUGUGAAAAUGGGUGACCAAAUUUUCCCUGCUGUGGUAGGAAACAGCAAGAAGGGAGCAAAGCAAAUGGCAGCUGAAGUUGCUGUGAAGAUUCUUUCUGGAGAGUCUGUACCCCAUGUCUUGCCUGAACAGCCUGUCACGAAGCCCCACAGUGACCAGUCCGUGCGCAGCUGUGGGCCAUGGAUUGCCGCUCCAGAUGAAUCCAAGGUGGUGAAAGCAAAGGGUGUUGGGGAGCUCAUCAAAUAUCUUAAUGUCAAUCCUGUCAGUGGCCUGCUGGAAUAUGCCCGCUCCAAUGGGUUUGCUGCAGAGUUCAAACUCAUUGACCAGUCAGGACCUCCCCAUGACCCCAAGUUUGUCUAUCAGGCGAAGGUUGGAGGCCGCUGGUUCCCGGCUGUGACUGCACACAGCAAAAAGCAGGGCAAGCAGGAGGCAGCGGAUGCAGCGCUGCGAGUCCUGAUCGGGGAGUCGGAGAAGGUGGAGCGCAUGGAAGGGAUGAACAUCACUGAGCUCCCUGUGAGUGGCAGCACCCUGCACGAUCAGAUGGCCAUGCUGAGCCACCAGCGCUUCAACAGCCUCACCGCUCGCAUCCAGCACAGUCUGCUCGGGCGCAAGAUCCUGGCUGCCAUCAUCAUGAGGAGAGCAAAUAAGGGCUUGGGAGUGGUGGUCAGCAUUGGAACAGGUAAUCGUUGUGUGAAAGGAGAAGAGCUGAGCUUGAAGGGGGAGACAGUAAAUGAUUGUCAUGCAGAAAUCAUUUCUCGAAGAGGCUUUGUGAGGUUUCUCUACAGUGAGCUGAUGAAGUAUGACCUGUCUAAUCCUUCCUCUGCAGAAGAGAGCAUUUUUGAGCCAGCAGGAGGAAAGAGGCUCAGAAUAAAGAGCAGUGUUACCUUUCACCUCUAUGUCAGCACAGCCCCGUGUGGAGACGGAGCCCUCUUUGAUAAAUCCUGCAGCGACCAGGCGAGCGUGGUGGGGCAGCCCCAGCACCAGCCUCUCUUUGAGAACCCCAAGCAAGGCAAGCUGCGGACCAAGGUGGAGAAUGGGGAAGGUACCAUUCCCGUGGAGUCAAGUGACAUUGUGCCCACGUGGGAUGGGAUCCAGCACGGGGAGCGGUUACGAACCAUGUCCUGCAGUGACAAAAUCUUGCGCUGGAAUAUACUUGGCUUGCAAGGGGCACUGCUGUCACACUUCCUGGAGCCAGUUUAUCUCAGCUCUGUCACGCUCGGUUACCUGUACAGUCAGGGUCACUUGACCCGUGCCAUCUGCUGCCGCGUGGCGAGGGAUGGGAACAUACUAAAGGAAAAGCUCCAGGCUCCAUAUCACAUUAACCAUCCUGAGGUUGGGCGAGUCAGCGUGUACGACUCUGCCAGGCAGACGGGCAAGACCAAGGAGUCAUCGGUGAACUGGUGUCUUGCUGAUGCAAGCGAAGUUGAAGUCUUGGAUGGCACCAAAGGGAAAGUAGAUGGCCCAAAGCUGGAAGUGUCUCGUGUGUCCAAGAGGAAAAUGUUCUCCUUGUUCCAGCAGCUGUGUGCCAAGAACAACCGUGAAGACCUGCUUAAGCUCUCUGUGUACUCUGAUGCCAAGGAGGCAGCUACGCUGUACCAGGCAGCCAAGCAGUGCUUCUUCAGCACGCUGGAAGAGCUGGGCUAUGGCAGCUGGAUCCGCAAACCCCAAGAGGAGGAGAAUUUCUCUGUCCUUGAUACAUAGGGAAGCGCCCUGCAAGGGGUGGGAGGUGAAUGUACACAGUCUGCACUUGUCCUUCUUCCACCACCACCUUCUUGGAGUGGAGUCAGGAGCGUGCAGCAGUUUCCCCAUAGGCCUGGCUGCCUCCUCCCUGACCCUCAGACCUUGCCUUUUUAAAAUGUGCAUGUAAAUGAUUCUCCUUUUUUUAAAGUGAGGGCAGGCUCAGUCCCCCUUAGCUUUUGUAGUUUUGUCUCCCCUUUUUUUGUUUUUAAAAGAAGGCACAAGAAACCAAAGGGAUUCUCAGACUGUGAGCUUGAAACCUUUGAACCGUACACUGCAGAUCCCUCUGGCAGGUUUUGAGGCAAAUUUUCUCUUUUGAGGGGAAAAAAAAAACCCAAACAAGCUGCCUGGCUGGCUUUCUCUGUCUCUGUUGGAAGGUGACUGGCAGCCUGGCCAAGCUGGGACACAGGACUGACCUCUGCAAGGCGCAGCAGGACUAGCAUAACAUUCUCCAUUAAUAACAAAUUUCUGUAGUAUUGGC